GUUGUGAUAUACUUCGGCCACUUCACUUGCCGCGUUGCUCACCCGUGUCUUGGUCACCAUGGCCUCUUUAAAAGCUCCGCGAUGCUUGACGGACGUACCUCUCGGAGGAACGUUGCCGGACGACGUGCAUGCUGUGUCCGUGUCGAUGCCCGAGUGGGACCACGUCGAAUCGUAUUCCCAGGGCUGCCCCAAGCUUCAUGCGGCACUGCCGUCGGGGUACCCUCGGUUUGUCUACCAUCACUACGUGGUGGCAUUGAACCAGUGGGUACGGGACACGUAUGUGAACGACCCGACCAAGCUCGCGUACGUGUUGCCCUCGUAUGACGUGGCGACGCGAUGUGCCGCGUUCAUGCAGGUCUCGUAUCCCGAGGCGAUGCCGCUUAUCGAUUUGGGCAUUUGCGGCGCGUUCGCCAUUGUCGUACCUGCGGCGGGUCUCAAGACCUUCAAGUCGUUUUGGCAGCACAGUGGGGAGAUCACGACGUCGCGAAUGGCCAAACACAUCCUCGACUUCAAGGACAGGAAGGAGGCGGCGCCGCGGAAGGCCAUGGCCGGCACGCCCGUCCACAUGGCGUUGAAGGAGCACGUGGCGUCGCUGUACCCGCGCAUUGGUGCGGCCGACGUGUUGUUGUAUCCUUGCGGGAUGUCGGCCAUCUUUGCCGCAUUCCGCAUGGCCAAGUCGCUCCAUGCAACGCCUAGGCAAGGUCGGAAGAUCGUAUUGUUUGGGUUCCCGUACCUGGACACGCUCAAGAUCAUGCGACGGCCAGAGUGGCGCGGCGCGGCAGAUGACUUUGUCUUUUACCCCCACGGCAAUAGCGAUGAAAUGGAUGCGAUCGACCAACUCGAAUCGAUUGGCGCCAUCUUCACCGAGUUUCCGACCAAUCCGUUGCUGCAUAGCGUCGAUUUGAAACGGCUGGCGGCGAUUGCCCGUCGCCACAACGCGAUUUUGAUCGUCGACGACACCAUUGGCUCGUACAACGUGCAGGUGCUGGACGCUGGCGCGGACGUUGUGGCCACUAGCUUGAGCAAGAUCUUCACGGGCGCAUGCACCGCCACAGGGGGAUCGCUGGUGGUAAACCCCGCGAGCACAUGGGCCGCUGCCGUCCAUACCUCAUUGGCGUCCGACGAAUACCUCUUUGAAGACGACUGCGUAGAGCUACUAGCCAUGUCGAAAGACGUUCGAGAGCGCCUUCGCCGGGUGAAUGCCAAUGCCUCGAUCAUUGCCAGUCGAUUUGCCAGUCAUCCGCAAGUCCAGGCGGUGUAUUACCCCAAGUUUAUCGACUCGGACUUGUACAAAGCCAACUUGACGCACCCAGACGACGACUCAGAUGCGUUCGGACCUCUCAUGUCGGUAGUGCUCCGUGGCGGCGCGGCGGCGGCGGCGACCUUCUACGACGCGCUCAACGUGGCCAAAGGUCCGAGCUUAGGUACCAACUUCACGCUGUCCGUGCCGUACACGAUCCUCGCGCAUUACGACGAGCUCGAGUACGUGGCGUCGUGUGGGCUCGAUCGGAACCUCGUGCGGUUCUCCAUUGGGCUUGAAGAUGUUGACGAGAUUUGGGGAUACAUGGCGGUUGCGUUCGAAGCGGCUGCGACAUCGUGUGGUGGUGAUAGCGUCCCCCUCUGAAAAGUACUGUAGCACAAAAGUAUCGACCCAUAUGAAUAACGACAAACGACGGACGGACACCAACUGCAUUGCAGUGGAUAUAUCAAUGUAGAUAGACAAAUCAUCAGCGCAUUGGGGAAAGGAAUGAACGUCCACAUGGAGAAA